AUGUCAUCGAAAAAUAGAAAAUACAAAGAUAAUAAUUAUAGGGAUAGAAAUGAAAAAAUAAAAAAUAAUUGGGAUAGUGAAUAUGAUAAAGAAAAUGGAAAUAGAAGAGAAAGAGAAAGAGAAAAUUGGGACAGUUCCAGAAAAAUAGGAAAAGGAUAUAGAGAACAUUUUAAUAAUAAAAAUUAUGAUGAUUGGCAUCAUAAAAAUAAUAACUAUUUUGAGACAGAAAAUAAAAGGAGAACUAAUUUUGAUGUAUAUUAUAAAAAUAAUAAUGAAAGAAAAUAUGAUAAACAUUUUAAAACAGACAUUAAGAGUAAAGAAAGGAAAAGAUCUCGAAAUUAUAAUAAUGAUGAAAAUGAAAAUGAAAAUGAUAGUGAAAUACGUUAUACACAUUCAGAUAAAAAUAAAAAAUAUAAAAAAAAUAAUAAAGAAUAUGAUGAUAAUACAAAAUAUAUAAAAAAUUUAGAUGAAUAUUUAGAAAAAAGACCUAAUAUUGAAUUAUCAAGAUUUAUUUAUAUAUAUAAAAUAGAAAAUGAUACAACAGAAGAAGAAAUCGAUGAUGUAAUCAGAAAUGUAGCUAUCAAUAAUGGGUUCUCUUUACCUAUUAAUAUAUAUAUAAAUAAAUUAUCUUAUUUUUCUACAUGUGAUGAAUUAUUUGUUAGAGAAGAUUUAGAAUUUUUAAAAAAUAAUUUUUAUUUUAAUUAUAUAUAUCAACAUAAUAUAAUAAAUUCGCAAAUUGAAAAUACAAUCACUGAUAAUACAUGUUGUAUAAUUGAAUUUCCAUCAAGUGAAGCAAGUAGAAAAUUAUUUUCUCUUUAUGAACUUAGUAAUUAUUCCAUCACAAUUAAAAAUAAUAUAAUUUCAUAUAUAUUUCCAUUAUUUAAAUUAAAAAAAAAAAAUAAUAAUAUACAUGAAGAAAAACAUCUAUUAAAAAAAUAUAGUGAUUGGAUAUGUUCAUCUUGUAAUUUUUUAAAUUUUUCUAGACGAAUUACAUGUCAUUUAUGUAAGGCAGAUAAAACUACAGAUGCUAAAUUAAUAGAUAAUGAAAAGAAUUCUAUUGCAUCAUCAUUUUUUUUAAAUCAUAAUAAAAUUAUAAAUACACAAAAUAGUAAUAAUUGUUCAAAUUAUUUAUCAAAAUUUACUACAAAUGAAACCUUAAGUAAUUUUCAUAUAAAUUCUACACAAAUUGUUAAUGAAAAUGUAGCGAAUUAUUCUAAUCUUCUCGAUUUUGAAAAACAAACAAAUUUUGAUUUAAAAAAUGGAGAAAAGGAAUUAAAACAUACUGGGAAAUAUGUUCAAGGAUACAAUAAUUCAUUGCUCUAUACAAAUAAUAAUGACACUAACGAUAGUAACAAUAAUAAUAAUAGUAGUAGUAGUAAUAAUAAUAACAACAAAUUUGACUUUCUUAAUAGCAAUAUAAAUGUGGAAAAAGGAACACAACAAAUUCUGAACGAUAAAGAAAAAACGAAUAUGCUAAUUUUAAAAGAUAUAGAUGGAAAUAUACCAAAUAAAGAUAUAUUAACAUUUUUAAAUGAAAUGUUUGAAAAAAGAAAUGUUAAAUAUUUAUAUCUAUUUAAUGAUAUUAAAGGGUCUAAUAAAAGAAAAGGGUUUUGUGUUAUCGAGUUUAAUAAUGAAUUUUUUUCUGAAAAAAUGAUGAAAGAAUUAGAUGGAAAUUAUUAUGUUAAAUUUCAAAAUAAUUAUUUAAAAUUAGAUUAUAUAUAUCAAAAAGAAAAAUCAGUUUUUUUUGAAUGUAUACAACUAGCUAAAUUAAAUAUUCAUAAAUCAUCUGCUUCUCAAAUUAACAAUUCUAUAUCAUAUUUUAAUUUUUUUAUUAACUAUUUAGAAGCUAUAAUAAAUACUAAUAUUAUUAAUUACACAUAUUUUCUGAACUGGUCAUCACAAAUUAUUAUUUUAAAAAAUGAAAAACCACAGCUAACUGAAUUCUUUUUUGAUUAUAAUAGUAAAUAUUAUUAUCAUCCAACUUAUCAAAUAUAUUUUGAUAAUAAUACAUCAUUUUAUAUGUCCUUAGCAAAUGGUUAUUAUAUAUGGAAUGAAAAUUCAAAAUGUCUUGUUCGAUUUUAUACGGAUAGUUCUCAAAUAAAUUAUAAAACAAGUUAUGAACAAAAUUGUGAAUCAAUACAAGGUAGUGAUGAGGUAUACAAUAAAAACAUAAAAAAUGAAAUAAAUCAAGAAGAUCCGAAAAUAUAUCAAAUUAAUAAAAAUGAUAAUGAAAUAGAUAAUCGUAGAACUAGCGAAAAUAAUAAGAUUAAUAUGAAAAUAUCAAAUAUUGUGGAAAAAGCCAAAAUGAUUGCCUUAGCAUCAAAACAAAAUAUGGAAAAAAUGAACAUAAAUGAAAUUAAUUUAGAAAAAAAUAAAAAACAAAAUGAUAUAAUUAAAAAACAUUUUUCGACAGAUUCAGCUGAUGAUGAUAAUGAUUUGUCAGAUCUUGACGAAUUAAAAAAAAAAAAAAAAAAAGGACACUAUAAUAAUAACACUAUUAAUAUUAAUGAUGAUAAAAUUGAUCAAAAAUCUAAACAUGAAAAUAAUUAUAAUGAAAAUCAUGAAAAAUUAUAUAAUAAUAAUCAAGUAGUAGAAAAUAUAAAUAAUUAUAAUGAUAAUAUUAAUAAUAUAAGGGAUGGAAAUUCAAUUAAUAAUAUUCGAGUUACUAACAAUUAUAAUGACAUAAAUAAUAUUAAUCACCAUCAAGAAAAUAUUGCUAAUUUAAAUAUUUGUUUUAUAUGUUUGAGAAAAUUUGAAAAUUCAACACUUCUUCAAAAACAUAUAGAUAUCUCAUUAUUACAUAAAAAAAAUAUCCAAUCAUUAUCCGACCUUACACCUGUUAGUUAA